CGAACCACUGCCAACUACCCGCAACGAACGAAACCGAAAUCCCGCAUCAUCAUCUCCCUCCUACACGCAUAUCGACAAACUCUCUCCGACGGAGGGCGGUGGUGGAUGGCAAGAGCCAACAAGUACACCUCCAUAAACUUCAAUCACAUCUACGACAAGGAUCUCUCCAACAACAAUACCAAUCCAACGAAACACCGAACGUCCUCGGCUUCCUCUUUGUACUCUGCAGUUUCCUCUCCUAACGGUUUUAAUAACGCCACGACCCGGACCCAUGGCCGUAUGCUUGUCCUGACCAGACCCACAUCCAAACCAAUAACCACGCCUCCACUCUCUCCUUCCCCACAGGCCCCAUCGACCCAGCUGCCACAGCAGAAGGUUCCAGAUCAGCCCCGAUCUGAACCGGACUCCAUAUCUUUGCGUCCUUUGGGUCGGACAGGAUCGGGUUCGGGGAUUUCUGCGCCGGUCCUUGGUCAGACUAAAGAGAAAGAGGAGGGUGCGGUGGUGGGGUCAUCGAAGCCGAAUCGGUUUGUACCGCCGCAUCUUAGACCUGGGUUUGUGGGCAAGGAAGAGAGGCCUGGACCUGAAGUUUUCCGGGCGAGAGAACCGAGUCAGAGGCAGCAGGGAAAUUUCGGGACUCCGGGAGGGAAUAAUGAGAAUGGGCGGCCCAAGUCAGGUGGGUAUGAGAGAAUGAGGGUUGGCGAGUCAACUCUGGGGUUGGCUAGUCGACCCAGAUCGAGCGGAAACCGACCAAAUUCCAGCGGAUGAUCAGAUCCGAAGUAUCGACCUCUUAUCCCACGAUGAAAGUUAAGACCUCCUCAAACUCAAGAUGGAUUCUUUUACCAGGAUGAGUUUACUGUUUUUUGGCCUUAAUCUCCUGUAACAUCUGUAGUGUUUUAAUUACUGGAAGAUAGAAUUGAAGUUAGCAUUGCCUUUUGGAUCAAAGUCGGAGCUUGAAGCGCUAUAUCAAGCAAGAGGCUUUCGAACAAAACAGCUCUAUUGCUGGCUAGUUGACUACUUGACUCCAUUCUGUUUAUAGAAAAGACUCGAAGAAUAAAUAACAUGUAGAAUGUGUAAAAUGUAAUUGUGUGAUUUUUACUGUUUAUUUGGAACUGUGUUUGGAGGCAAGGAUUAUGUUCCAAUCUUGCCUUUGUUAUAAUUCUUUUGCCUUGUAUGUAUUUAAAAGACUUUUUUCAUCGGAAAAUGUAUCUUCCAUCAUGUUCUUUCAUCCA